AUGGCUAGUGAUGCUUCAUUUUUAAUGGUAUACCUGCAGACUGCAGGACUGGCGUGGCUGUCGAAGGUUGACGCCAUUUUCAGUCCUUCUGCUGGGGCUCGUUACAGAUUCUCUCAUCCACAACACACGUCCUUCUUCUGUCACGUUAAGGUUUUGUGUUUGGGAAUGGAAAUAAGAGCAGUUGUCCUUCAGGAUCAGUUAAUUGUGCUAGCUGGAAAUGCAAGUAAAAAUCUUAUUUGUCCAUGUCCAGUCCAGUCUGUUAGGUCUUGGUACCUUGCGAAUACGACAUUCUUUGUUACCAACCAACAAUCCUCUUUAGCCGACUUAAAUUCAAAGACCUUUUCGGAUAAGUUAAGGGAUGGCCUUGUAACACCGAAGAUACGCCCAAAUUGUAUCGCAUAUAGUCCCCAACCUUCAGGUAUAGCUUUAAAAGUGUUAGCUUUUUAUACAGCCUUACUAAAAUGGCUUUUACCACCUCAAUUUGUUUAUAGGAACUAUUACAAUCAAUUGUUCACUCUUAAAAUUAGACUUAGGUUGAAAAAUAUUGCCGCUACCACGUUUGUAAUAGAGAUCACCCCAUUGGCCCAAAAAAUGGAUAGAAAAUUUCUUCUUGUACAAGGACCAUCUAAAUCGAAAGAGGAUGUUUGGAAUUAUAGAAGAAGGACGAAUUUUCCAGUGCUGUUUCUAAUUGGAGGCAAAUGUCACAAUUAUGCAGGACUGUCCAAAAAAUGGCUUCAAGAGUUGAAGUGCAAUUUUAAUAAUGGAUUUUACACCUUAAAUUUGUUUCAUAAAAGUAGCUAUCAGUGUGUUAUGUGCCAUUAA